AUGUCGCCACCAGCUUCGCCACAGCCUGCAGGCACGAAUGCGGAGGUGAUUGCCCUGCGAUAUUUGAUCCAACAUGCGCAGCUCUUGCGCUCAAUUCGGAAACAUACCGACGAAGACCUGCUUUGCCAUUUCGUCAAUCUAUGCCACUGGAGAGAGACAUUGCCGAGAGAACUAUCAGCAAGGUGUCUGCUCAAAGACCAAUUGCAUGCCCGUGGUCUCGUAGAACUGCUCAAGUGUCCGAGCUUCGCACAGGACCCAGGGCGAGACAUGAUGUUGGGCCGCAUGGAGGAACACUUCGUCGGGUAUGCGACAUCCAUCGAAUAUCAGCUCACCAGACAGGAGCUAGCGCCAGGAGCUCUCGAUGGAUACCUGAUAUUCUUCAUUGGUGUAUUCACCGCAUCGCAGCCGUUUACCCAGGAGCGACAAAGAUGCGUGCUCCAAUGCCUGAGCAGUCUCACUAUACCUGAGCAGUCUCACUAUACUCUCGAUGCACUACACUGCCUUCAAGGGCUUUCGGGACCUACUCGUCGCAAUGCAGUCUCGACCGACUUCAACAGAAAGUCUCAAGAGCCUAGUGAGCGCGUCUGA